AUGGCUCCAAAAGGAAAUAAUGUAAUCCCAAAUGCUCAUUUCCGCAAGCACUGGGAACGCAGAAUUAAAACAUGGUUCAAUCAACCUGGACGAAAACUCCGUAGAAAGCAAAACAGAGUAGCAAAAGCUAAAGCUAUUGCACCACGUCCAGCUGCUGGAAACUUGAAGCCAGUUGUUAGAUGUCCAACACAAAAAUACAACAGAAAACUUCGUCUUGGACGUGGAUUCACUCUUGCUGAACUUAAACUUGCCGGUUUAUCUGCUCACCAAGCCCAGACUAUUGGAAUUGCUGUUGAUUAUAGACGUCAAAAUAAAUCUGUCGAAGGACUUGAGCGUAAUGUUGAACGUCUUAAGCUUUACAAGAGUAAACUUAUAAUUUUCCCUAAAAACGCUUCUAAUCCAAAGAAAGGAGACGCUACUGCUGAAGAAAUUAAACUUGCUUCUCAACUCGCUGGAACAAUCCUUCCAAUCGUUAAAGAAGUCAAGCCUGUCGAGAUUCUCCCAGUUACUGAAGAACUUAAAAAAUUCGGAGUCUACAGAUACCUUCGUAAAGUUCGUUCUGAUAAGAAACACAAAGGAAGACGUGAAAAGAAAGCUGCUGAAGCCGCUGAAGAAGGACUUGGAGGAUCUGGACGCCGUUAA